AAAAGGGAACCACCUUUAAUGAGGAACAGACACAUGAAGAGAGGGGGCACUACAGUAGCAGAUGGACUUAGAGGGAUUACAUGAUUCACGAUGGGUUUUGUGACAUAAAUUCCCAAGAAAGACAGAAAACAGUUGAGUUGCGUGGUAACCAGACGCUCAGUCGCUCCAUCGAUCUUGCAUCUCCGUCUGACUAUUGGUCAGGAGGAUCAAAGGGAGGAGUACAGCUGGAGAAGUCAGGGUCACUGAUGCUCAUCCUGGAGGAGGGAUAGUAGUGACAGAUACAGAAAAAGAUGAAGAGUGCAGUGACACGGAGAUGAAGCAACUAAAAUCAAGUUCUUAGAGACCUUUUUUAUUAAGGGCUCUUGAACAAGACAGAGAGAACCAGAAGGACCAGAGGUAUGGACGACAAGAAGUGGAAGUGUUUUACUGUGGUAGUUAUCUCGUGUUUGACCUGAAAUACUACAAAGGACGAGAAAAAGAUCUUUGGGUCCAGCAGUGGAGUUCACAGUGAGUGGCAGGGUCGGGCCUGAGUGUGUUAACCAGGGAGCAGGAAUAUAUUAGCCCAAGUCACAUGAUAGCAGAUUUGACUUAUUCUUCCAUAACCCUGCGGACAUAUGUGACCUCAGGCAGUUUUUUAACUCUAACUGACAUUCAACAAAGUUCGGUGUCCCCAUAUGUACAUCCUGAUUUUAGCCUUUAUGUUUUCCAUUCAACAAUUUAAUGUCACUUUCUUGCCAGGUGAUGAAUUGAGUUUAAGGAUGCUCUUUAUCUCCUCUUUACAACUUUUAAUGAUAAAUUCUAGUAUUGUUUUAAAAUGUUUUUAAUCUUGGUACGAUCACACUGAUCUCUUAAGAACACACACAAAGGGUCUACAAGCACUGAGGUCAGAGGAUGUAUGGCUACAUCAGUUACCACAUGGAUCAAUAGCAGGAUUUCACAUUAAAACUGUCUGGUCAGCAUACUGUUAUGUCCUUGCAUUUCUCCUGGAGUGAACCAAUGUCCACCUAAAUCCCCUCUUGUUAAUUUUUUGUUUCAUCUGUCCUUUCCUAUGUGUAUCAACUUCAGAGCACCUUAUCCGACUCCCACCCCUCACGCUCUCUUUAUAUUUCUCUCUGUUAAUCACACUGACUUUACAGUAUCGCUUUGUCAGAUGUGUUUUGUCUACUGUUACAUUUAUCUUUUGCUUUCCAUUUAAACCUGGCAGGGCAUCGCCUCUUUAAACCACCCCGAAACAUCUGUCCUGCCCCCUCGGUUCUGUGACUGUACCUUCUGUCCUGUUUAUCCUCUUCCCACGUGUGCCUUACUCUCUCCUCCCUCUCUCUCUUCUCUCUGGCCUCCCCCUGCCUCUCUCUUCACCUGUGUGGCCAUGCUGGAGCGUAUGUCCCGUCGCUCUCGCUCCCUGCUCUCCCUGACCUUGACCACUCUGGCUCUGGCCCUCUCCAUUCUGGCACUGUGCACCUCCUACUGGUGUGAGGGCACCCACAAGGUGGUCAAGCCCCUUUGCCUGUCGCCCGUUAAAAUGAAGAACUGUGGUCAGAACAACAGCGAGCCUUACACCACAGAGAGUCCCACACAGAACCCCUUCAACCGCACACUGUCUCCAGCCAGGAGGGACGAGCUGGCCAAGAUCAGACAGAGGCAGCUGGCCAACGCAGUUCAGUACAUCUGGGAGACGGGAGAAGACAAGUUUGCUUUUAGAUAUUUCCACACUGGUUUUUGGGAAAGUUGCGAGAAACACAGCGAUGGGGAGAAAUGUCGAAGCUUUAUAGAGUUAACACCUGGAGAAACGCAAGGUGUGCUCUGGCUGUCAGUUAUUUCAGAGUUUACGUACAUUGGCCUGUUGGGGAUGGGAUUCUUACUGAUGUGGCUGGAAGUUUUGUGUUCCCAUAAAGAGAUGCACUCACUAAAAAUCAAUGCCUAUGCAGCUAUCUGUACUGUGUUAUCAGGUCUUCUUGGGAUGGUGGCCCAUAUGAUGUUCACUACAGUAUUUCAGAUGACAGUCAUUGUGGGCCCCAAAGACUGGAGGCCACAGUCCUGGGACUACGGCUGGUCUUUUGCUCUUGCCUGGGUGUCCUUUAGUUGCUGUAUGGGGGCUGCUGUGGUCACCCUCAACUCCUACACAAAGACCAUCAUCGAGCUCCGUCGCAGACAAAGGCUCCGUUUGGAGGAAGCAAGAAACGCCACUCAUGCUCCUUCCUAUGAUGAGGUCGUUCCAGGGGGCGGGCUCUAUUCUGUCAGUGGCCUGUUGCAGUGUCCAGACGGCAUGAUUGAUGUAGCGUGGGCCCCGAAUGGUAGUGUGGUUGGAGUAGGAAAUGGGGAUGUACCGACGCUGGUUUUGGUAGGAGGCUGUGGGCCAGAGGGGUGUGAAGACUGUGAGAGAGAGAUGGAUGAGAUGGAUGAGGCCAUGGACCGAGUUGAUUCACCUUGUUAGGAGAUCUUUUGUAUCCAUCAACUUACAAGGGCUGAAAAACUGAAAAAGAAAAGACUGUCACCGUGCUGGAGAAGGAUCAAUGGGAGCAAACAUAUGCUGUUUUUAUUUUCUUUGACUUUCAGUGAAGUUGGGACAUACUAAUUUGCGCUUGGCUUGAAUGCCAGUGAAAUCAACACAUUAUACUGUAAAGACUACAAUGUAUGAAUAUGUCACACUGGCAUGCAAGACUGCAUGUUUUACGAGUAUUUCUCAGUGCCUCAUGGUAGGAAAGUAAAUGUGUGUCUAUUUCUGUAAAGAUAUAUGAAUUUAAUUAUAACUUAA